AUGCUACAUACGCCUUUACUUUCUUGCUUAACCAUCCCAGCCUUGCUCGCUUGCCAGGCGUGGGCGCAGCAGAACUUUACAAUAGCGGGAGGCCAGGUUUAUACUCCUGGAAUAGUAAUAUGGAAUGCGCCUCAACCAGGGACGCCGCUCGGUGGAGUAGAGCGGUCAACAGAGACUCUGCAUGUGUCUCUGGACGUGACGGCCAAUGGCAAACUCAACCUGCCUCCGUACGACCCUGAUAGUCCGACGCAGAUCCACAACAUUACCAUGUUCCUCUACAGCAGGGAUACGGGCCUGAACCUGACGGUCAACAACGGCAGCGCCGACAUAUCUGGCAGCGAGCGCCUCAUCAUGUCGCAGGAGCCCGGGAGCACCGUCAAGCACAUCAACUGGCCCUGGCCCGAGUGCCUGGUUGGCGACGGCCAGCCGCGCGGUGCCGACGACCGCCGAGGCGCCUACAACAUCUCGAUCCGGCAAAGCUUCCGCCUCAACGGCCAGGAGCACUACACCAUCUUCGAUGUGCCCAUCUCCGUCACGAACCGCAUAGACGGCGGCCUCAGGCCGUCGUGCGAGAGCCUCAACAACCCGCUCCUCAGCGAGAGUGAGGUCGAUCCGAGCACUGUAAACGACGUUGGGGUCCUUUUUGCGCCCGGGGACGCCACGCAGAUUCAGUAUAUCCCCAACAAGGACAAGGACCUACCCGAAAAUGGACUUGGGCCUUCUCGAGGGUCUGAUGCUCAGGGGCUGGGGGGCGGAAACGUUAUUGGUUGGGCUGGAGGGGCUUUAUGGACUGCUUUGGUGGGGAUUGUUCUGAACCUUAUUUUCUAA